AGUCGCAUCGUUUUAGUAUAGUUUCUGUUCUUCUCCCCUGCCCUCUUUCUCCAGCGAAGCUACGUUGGAAAUUACUUCGUCUGGGAGAAAUGAAUUUCACAAUUUAGGGUUUCCUUUUCUGUUAUUUUCAUCCGAAAUUCCGAAUAAACUAGUUCAAAAUCAGAUUCUUCAAUUCAUCUUCAUCAGAUUAUUAAGAAGAAGACAAUAAUAAAUCAUACAGCAAUGGGGAAUAUAUUCGUGAAGAAACCGAAAAUUACAGAUGUUGAUAGAGCAAUUCUCUCUCUAAAAACACAGCGAAGAAAGCUUGGGCAGUAUCAACUACAGCUUGAAGCUGUGAUUGAAGCUGAGAUGAAAGCUGCUAGAGAAUUGAUUCAUGAGAAGAAGAAAGACAGGGCCUUACUUGCUUUAAAGAAGAAAAAGACCCAGGAAGAAUUAUUAAAGCAAGUUGAUACCUGGAUCAUAAAUGUCGAGCAACAAUUGAACGACAUUGAGCUUACAAGCAAGCAAAAGGCCGUCUUUGAGAGCUUGAAAGCAGGAAAUAAUGCUAUCAAAGCUAUACAAGGUGAGAUCAAUUUGGAUGAUGUGCAGAAGUUGAUGGAUGACACUGCUGAAGCGCACGCAUACCAAGAUGAAAUUAAUGCGAUACUCGGGGAGAAGUUAUCAGCUGAAGACGAAGAAGAUGUUUUGGCAGAGUUUGAUAACUUGGAAACAGAACUCGGACUUCAAGAUAUGCCAGAAGUUCCUGGUCCUUCAGCGACAUCUGUGGAGAAACUUAGCGAUGAUGAGGACCUGGCGCUCCCAGAUGUGCCCCAAAAGACCCCUGUCGUGGUUGCAGAUGGGGGAGAAGAGGCAUCAGGCAGAGUGUCUACUCGAAGAAAAGUAUUGGAGGAACCCUUGCCUGCUUAAUCAGCACAGACUCAGAGAUGGUUAUUGCUGUAGCUACAAAUAUGUGUCUUAAUGAUGAAACCUGAGGAUGUUUUCUGAUCAGUGUACCAUCUUAGCUUCUUUACGUUGUAAAUUGCUACAUUUUGUGUCCAAAAUUUUUAGGCAUUUGUCCUUCAAUAACAUAUACACCGUUUAAUUUUAAACCGCGAAAUUAUAGAUUGAAACUGCGGGACUUGUUACUUAUAAUCUGUAAAGUUGUCCUAUUUUAUCUUGAAUAUCAUUGUGUAUCUUCGUGCCAUAUAAUGCAAAAUGUGUCAUUGUAAA